AGAACAGAAAUCAGGUCCAAGCCAGAAAACAGUAAAAUGGCCCAAUGUAAGACCAUCGUCGCAGCAGUCCUCGUGGUUGCUCUCGUGGUUUCGACGAUCCCAGCCAGCGCCGAUACGAACCUGGAACCUGCAGGAGGCUCUACGGAGGGCAGUGCCCGCACCUCCGGCAUGCAGAAGGAAGAGACCCGAGGCAACAAGAAGCCAGCGACGCUCGCUGGAUCUCUUGGUUCAGGCAAGAAUGCCAUCUACGGGUAAAUGAUUAGAAGGAAUCCUGCUUCGGAAGGUAUGAAAACAAUGGGGAUGUGCUCAACAAUCAAUCUCAACCCCAGGUGACGGCAAUGAGUCACCCACAGGAAUGUAACCGGAUAUAGAUGGACAUUGCUCGUUCCAUAUUUCUUUUUCAUAUUUUCUCUUCAAAUUCAAUUGAAAUACGGAUAAUAUUGUGUGAGGUCGGAUAAAA